CCUCAAUGAUCUUCCAGCACAGCAGCUCUGACUGUACACUGCAAGCAUGGCCGGGGACAGUGAAACACAUCUAAGGGACCGUGGCGAGAACACCGACAUUAUCCGACAACCUUUUCUCAUCGGUGUGUCUGGAGGCACCGCCAGUGGCAAGUCAUCGGUAUGUGAAAAGAUCAUGGAGCUGCUGGGCCAGAACAAGAUCGACCACCACCAGCGGCAGGUGGCGAUCCUCAGCCAGGACAGCUUCUACAAGGUGCUAACCCCGGAGCAGAAGGCAAAAGCACUUAAGGGCCAGUUCAACUUUGAUCACCCAGAUGCCUUUGACAAUGAGCUGAUAAUGCAAACACUCAGGCAGAUCCUGCAGGGGGAGACGGUCCAGAUCCCAGUUUAUGACUUUUUUACUCAUUCCAGGAAAGAGGAGUUUAUUACGGUGUAUCCGGCUGAUGUGGUGCUGUUUGAGGGCAUCCUCAUGUUCUACUCACAGGAGAUCAGAGAUCUGUUCCAGAUGAAGCUGUUUGUCGAUACUGAUCCAGACACGCGGCUCUCUCGCAGAGUUCUUAGAGACAUCAGUGAGCGUGGUAGAGAGCUGGAGCAGGUGCUGGCUCAGUACAUCACUUUUGUGAAACCAGCCUUUGAGGAGUUCUGUUUACCAACCAAGAAGUAUGCAGAUGUGAUUAUUCCACGAGGAGCUGAUAACCUUGUUGCCAUCAACUUGAUAGUACAGCACAUCCAAGACAUUAUGAACGGCGGACUAAGCAAGCGCCACAACGGCUGCACAAACGGCCACAGUACUCCGCGUCAGCAGCGGACAUCCGAGUCAAGCAGCCGACCUCAUUGACCUCAUCGCACCUCUCUUCCCAGGGCGGAGAGGGGUGUGGGAGCUGCGCUUUAAAUAAUGCCUGUUGGCAUUACUGUAUUUAAGAGAGAGGAGGGGAAAAAAGAGAUGCAAAAAGAAUUGAAAUGCCUUUAUUAUUAUUAUUAUUAUUAUUAUUAUUAUUAUUAUGACUACUCUUGUUAUUGGUUACUUUCAUUAUAAGUGUUGAACUUGAAAUUUAAAUCUUUCUUUUUUCAGGAGGGUUAAAGAAAGUGUUGUGAGGAGAACAUGGUUUAAAAUGACCCCAUGCAUUUUCCUCCCAGAUUGCAUUUUGUUUUUUAUGUAUCCCCUGCUGCUCCAUGGAGUCUCAUGCCGCUAAUGAAUAAAAGAGGGGAACCCCUUUUUUUUUUCUUUUUUUGUAAUGUCUGAUAAAACUUGAACCCCUAAUGACAGGGGAGUCUGAUAAGUGUUUGGGAGUGUUCCAAACGAGAAGGGUGUGGCUUAGAAGACGAGUUGAAGAAACCAGGAUUGCACAUUUUUACUGACAAUCUUGGGAGUGUUUCAACCCCUUUUUUUUUUUUUUUGGUGUUUAAAUUCCCUCAUUGUAUUGUUUCGUGUAGUGUGUUACACUAGAGAUCUGUUUACUACAAAGUGUCCAUCACACUGACUAUACACAACAAUAUAUUUCAGUACAGAUUGUCCCAUGCAGAGUAAUA